AAACUUUUCAAUAAUAUUGAAAAAACUAUGAAACCAUGCCUGUGUUCCUGUUACCAAUAUAUGGCUAUUACUGUUUUCUCUCUUUUUCUUUGUCUCUCUCCCUUGCUUACAUUACACACAAAGCCAACUGGCGAUUUUGGUUGGAUCACAUAUUAAUAAAUUAAAAGGGCAAAAAGAUAGAGCAAAGGACAAAACUAGUCUAGGACUUUACUGUGAUUCGUUUGUGUUUUUCUUGCUCCACUCCUUUUCUACUUAAAUAGACAAGACCAUGCAUGAGAGUGUGUGUGUGUGUGUGUGUGUGUGUGUGCGCGCAAACUCAUAUAUACAUUUUUAUCUACCUUAGAUUUAAGUAGCAUUGAUUUUUUGUUUGAUUUGAGAUAGUGGUGAGUUAGAGAAUAUGAAUCUAUCAUCUUCACAGUUUAGUAGUGGGUGUGAAUCUGGUUGGACUUUGUACUUAGAUCAAUCCUCUCGUGAAUGUUAUAGUUUUGGUGGGAAUGUUGAUGAAGUGUUUGCUCAAACAGGAGCACGAGUUGAACAUGAUGAUGAUGAAGAAGAAGACUUAUCCAUGGUUUCUGAUGCAUCUUCCGUGCUUCGUCAUUGCUGUGAAGAUGAAGAUUGCUUUGAUGAAAAUGGUUGUUCCUAUUCUCCUCCUUCAGCUUCUGAACUCGCCCAGGAGAGCAAAAAGAAAAACAAGAUCAAACAACAUGGUAGAAUUCAACAACAUUCAUGUCUUGAUGAUACUGCUAGCUCCCCGUUUCCCAAGAAUAUCACUGUUUCCAAGAAUGAAGGUUCACAAGGCUUCUCAGCAACACAUUUCAAGGGAAAAUCAACAUUCAAAGAGCAUUUUGAUUUCUUCAAGUCCCCUUUGGCUGAAAAGCCAGCUUCAGGAAAAAGGGUGCAUGACCUCUUGGCAGUCAGUUUUCAGGAAAGAAAGUGGGAAAAUGAUAAGGGGCAAUUAUAAAAUGUUGUUUUGUCUCUGCUGCUACAAUUGCUCUGAGAUAGAGAAUUUGGGAAGCAUGUAAAAAGAUAAAACAUUAGAUCUCAAAGGGAUCUUGUACCUUCCUUCUUCCUUUUUCCUUCUAUUUCCAUUCUACUCCUUUUCAUGUGUUACUGUCAAUGUUGAAACAUGAAAAAUAAAUUUAUCUUUUUUUUUUUGGUAAGUAAGAUUGAAUAAAUUUAUCAUUGAUGUCUCA